AUGUCCGGCGACGCCGAUGCAACCGUUCGGACCGCGAACGAACACGAGCCCCCAAAGGACACGUCGGAGAUGGUGGUGACCGGUGCUGGUGGUGGUGGUGGUGACGGUGGCACCAAUACCGGCGGACUCACGCCCGACGCUGGUGAGACCUCGUUGACAGUGAGCUCCGGUGGCGGCCCGGUCCACUCGGGCUCGCCAGUAGCUCCUACUGGCUCGAGCAAGACAGUGCCACCGAAAGCGCCUGCCGGCACAGCGGGUAGCAGUCACUUACAGCAAGCGGAGAGUGGCGAGUACAGAGCAGCAAGUGCAGUGGCCGACGCGGUUGGCAGCGAGCAGCAGAAGGAACCAGCGGUGAAGGCGAAGGAUCCGGCCACGAGCUCGUCGCCGGCGAAGCGUGCAACGUCCAACGCAGCGGGCGCCCGGAGCCCCGCGCUCAACCUAUCAAACGCAGGCGGCUCGCCGUUGGCCGUUGGUGGCGGCGGCGGUGGUGGUGCAGGCGGAACCGACCCGGUCGCGACCAGCAACCAAUCGAACAGCAAUCACCACAACCAACCCGCCCGCGGCGCUAUCGGCGGCAUCAAGCCACGCAAGGGCGGCGGCUGGAAGGCCCGUCCGGUGGACAGUGGUGAGGCGGCACUUGGCGGCGGCGGCGGCGGCGGCGGCUCGCCGACGGACGACGACGAGAGUGCGCUCUCCGGUGGCCACCCGCAUCCGCAUCCGCAUCCACAUCCGAUCCGGCGCCAUCCGAUCAACGUCAACCCGGUCAUCUCGCGGGACAACGGAGUAGUGGGCGCCCCGAGUGGUGGUGGUGGUGGCGGCUGGGGAGCUCGCGCCCCGGAGCGUCGCGCCAAUCGGCUGCAGAGUCCGGCGCAGGCGGCCGGCACCCCGGAGGCCGGGGUUGGUGGGGGCGGCGGGUUUCCGCCGUCGAUGGACGCCGCUAGCGAGUCCGCGACUCAGCCGAGCGUCCCAGCGCCGUCGUCGACGUCGUCGUCGCUGCCGAAGCGCGGUUCCGUGGCCGGCGGCGACGUGCUAGCCGACGCGGACAGCGUCCCCGGACCGUCCGGACUACUGCCGAGCAACCCGGGCGUGCCGGGCACCAUUGGGGGCAAUCCGCAGUCACGCUACUCAAACCUGUCGUUCUGGAAGGCGCGGCGGGUGCUGUUCUACCGGAAUGGCGAUCCCUUCUUUCCCGGCGUCGAGUUCCGCUUCAAGCCGGGCCGAGACAUCUGCACGCUCGAGGCGCUGCUCGACAAGAUCUCGGCGCGGAUGGAUCUGCCGCGCGGCGCCCGCUACAUCUUCUCCAUGGACGGCGACCGGAAGUACUCGCUCGACGAGCUCGAGGACGGCUCGAGCUACGUCGUGUCGUCGUUCAAGGUGUUCAAGCCUGCCAGCUACGGUAAAAAGAAUGGCGUAUGGUACGCAUCGCCCGGCAACCAGGGCUGGGGGAGUGCGGUAGGCCCCGGCCGAAUAGGACGCAAACCGUCGGUCACCGAGGUGGACAACAUGCCGUCCGGCAGCCUCAAGCCCAGCGCCGGCCGCGUCAUCAGAAUAAUCAACAGUCACGACCAUAGCGUCCAGUGCCGCGUGCUGCUGAACCUGCGCACGUCGCAGCCGUUCGAGGAGGUGCUGGAAGAUCUCGGCCAGGUGUUGAAGAUGAUCGGAGCCAAAAAGAUGUAUACCAGCAACGGGCAGGAGGUGCGCAGCUUCUCCCAGCUGCGCAACGAGUUCGCCGAGGUGGAGACGUUCUACCUGAGCAACACGCCGUCGCUGCCGGUCGGCGCCCUCGGGCCCGGUAUCGUGCCGCCGUCGCCGGGGCGCCGCUCGCGCUCCCGCCUCGGCGGCUCGGUGCCGGACGAUCUCUCCAAGACGGCCGCCCGCCAGCGGGCCCGCAGCAAGAGCCGCCCGCGCGUCCUGUACGCGCCGGAGAACGAGCUGGUCCGGGCGUCCUCCGACUAUCCGCUGCUGGACGCCAUGAAGGAGGAGCCGACGCGCAUCACCAUCCGGGGCCUGCGGCGAACGUUCUACCCGCCGGUUCACCAUCCGCCCAUCGACAACGCACCACCUGACAAGAAGCUGUCCCUCUUCUGGGUCCACGGAUAUCGGGGAAUAGACUCCAAACGCAACUUAUGGGUGUUACCGUCAGGCGAACUGCUAUACUACGUUGCCGCCGUCGCCGUGCUUUUCGAUCGUGAGGAAGACGCCCAGCGCCACUAUACCGGCCAUACGGAGGACAUCAUGUGCAUGGAGGUGCAUCCGUCUCGCGAGCUCGUCGGCUCCGGGCAACGCGCUGGCCGGGACCGGAAGUCGCAGGCGCACGUGCGCAUCUGGAGCACGGAGUCGCUGCAGACGCUGUACGUGUUCGGCAUGGGCGAGCUGGACUCGGGCGUGAUUGCCGUUGCGUUCUCCCAGCUGAACGGCGGCAGCUACAUUCUGGCGGUCGACGCUGGCCGCGAAAGCAUCCUCUCCGUUUGGCAGUGGCAGUGGGGCCACCUGCUGGGCAAGGUUGCGACGCUCCAAGAAGGCAUCUGGGGUGCGACGUUCCAUCCACUUGAUGACAAUCUGCUUAUUACACACGGCCGCGGCCAUUUAGCGUUCUGGCACCGGAGAAAAGAUGGAUUUUUCGAGAAAACUGACAUCAUCAAACCGCCCUCCCGGACCUUCGUUACGUGCGUGCAGUUCGAACCCGACGGUGACGUCAUUACGGCCGAUACGGACGGUUUCAUCACGAUCUACAGCGUGGACGCGGACGGUGCCUACUUCGUGCGGAUGGAGUUCGAGGCGCACAACAAGGUUAUCAGCUGCCUGGUGAUGCUAUCGGAGGGCACGCUGAUAUCCGGUGGUGAGAAGGAUCGGAAGAUUGCUGCCUGGGACUCGCUGCAAAACUACAAGCGCAUCACGGACAUUAAGCUUCCUGAAUCGGCCGGCGGUGUGCGCUCGAUAUAUCCGCAGCGCCCGGGACGGAACGAUGGUAACAUCUACGUCGGCACGACACGGAACAACAUUCUCGAAGGGUCGCUGCAGCGACGCUUCAAUCAGGUCAUCUUCGGCCACGGCAAGAACCUGUGGGCGCUGGCCGCACAUCCGGACGACGAGGUGUUUGCCACCGGCGGUCACGACAAGUACGUCGCGUUGUGGCGCCGCCAGAAGCUCAUCUGGACCACCUCGGUCGGGUACGAGAUCAUCGCGCUGACGUUCCACCCGUACGGUGCGGCGUUGGCAGCCGGCAGCUCUGAAGGACACCUGAUCGUGAUAAACGCCGAGAACGGCGCCACAAUGCUUACCAUCCGCGUCUGCGGCUCGCCACUGAACGCGGUCGAGUUUAACCAGAUUGGUGAUAUGAUCGCCAUCGGGUCGCAGAACGGCAGCAUCUAUCUGUUCCGGGUGUCCCGCGAUGGUUUCUCGUACAAGAAGAUCAACAAGAUCCGCGGUUCGCAGCCCCUGACACACCUGGACUGGAGCUCCGAGGGCAACUUCCUGCAGUCGGUGACGGUCGACUUCGAUCUGCUGUUCUGGGACGUGAAGUCGCUGUCGCCAGAGAAGAGCCCGAUCGCGAUGAAGGACGCCAAGUGGCUGACGAACAACUGCACCGUCGGGUUCCUGGUCGCCGGCCUCUGGAACAACCGCUACUAUCCGGCGCCGUCGAACACGGUCAUCACGACGACGGCGCGCACGGCCGCCCAGGACCUGAUCGCGGCCGGCGACGCCGACGGCUACCUGCGCCUGUUCCGCUACCCGUGCAUCACCCCGCGGGCCGAGUUCACCGAGGCGAAGGUCUACUCCGGCACGAUCGCCAGCAUCAAGUUCCUGUACGGCAACCACAGCCUGGUGACGGCCGGCGGCACCGACGCGUCGCUCAUGAUCUGGGAGCUGACCGAGGAAUAG